AUCGCGAGAUUCAGUGAGAGUGACGUAAUUCAACAUGGUGGCUCCCAGCUGCUAGACGAGAACUAAACAAAUCGCCGUUGUCUCGACGUAUUUAUAUUAGAAAAAAACAACAACCUAUCUAAAUAGCCUGCUCAAGAUCGGACCCGGUAGUGCUCACAGUGGAAGACCUUGAGAACUUUAUUGACGACUACUUCGUCCGGUGCACCAUGGAAGACGCCAACUCCGCCAACCCGAACAAGAGGAAGAAAGCAGACUCCUCGUCAGACACACAAGACUUGGAGAUCACGGAUAUCCAGGUAAGUGUUCUCUAGUCUAUUAACAAGAAGCUCGACAUCCUUUGUUUGCUUCACCAGGAGAUAAAGGACCUGAAAGCAAGCCUGGAGUUCACCCACCAGCAGAUAGAGGACCUGUAGAGUCAGAAGUGAGUACACUUAAAAAAGAGAACAAAACCCUGAGGGAGACCGUCCUGGACAUCUAGUCGAGGAGCAUGCGGGACAACCUGAUCUUUUCUGGUAUCCCUGAGUCCACACCGGAUAAUCCAGAGACCCUUGUUAAAAACUUUAUGGUGUCGGCGCUUAAAAUCCCUGCGGAAGCUGUUAAAAACAUCACUUUCCACCGCGUCCACCGGCUCGGACCCCGAGGAGGAAACCGACACCGUCCUAUCAUCAAAGUUCGAGCACCUCCAGCAGAAAGUGCUCGUAAGGAGCAAAGGACGGGCGUUCGGGAUGAACGACCAAUUUCCCAGGGAAAUCAACUAGAGGCGCAAAGUAUUAUACCCCAUCAUGAAAGAACACAGACAGAAAGAUGAUUGGCAGGAGAAGGAGAGUCUGACGAAGGAGCAGAGGAACAUUGUCAGCCAUUUUGUCUGAGCUCAACAGCGGAGGAAAAAUGGAUUCUUCACAAAAAAAGCAUGAAAACAGCAAUGGAGUGAGACAUCAGAAAUCUGCAGAGGAAAACAAUGGUUCCCCAACAACAACAACCAGAGAUGAAUCACUCAGUUGUGAGCAAUGCAGCAAGACUUUUAUCACAGCAACAAAGCUAAGAAUUCACCAGCGUAUUCACACUGUGGACAAACCGUUCAGUUGUGAUCAUUGUACGAAGACUUUUACUUCCAAGAGUCAUUUAACAAGACAUCAAUUCAUUCACAGUGGAGUUAAACUAUUCAGCUGUGAUCAGUGUGGGAAGACUUUUACUCACAAGUGGUCAUUAACAAGCCAUCAACUCAUUCACAGUGGAGUUAAACUAUUCAGCUGUGAUCAGUGUGGGAAGACUUUUACUCAAAAGAGUCAUUUAACAAGACAUCAACUCAUUCACAGUGGAGUUAAACUAUUCAGCUGUGAUCAGUGUGGGAAGACUUGUACUCAAAAGAGUCAUUUAACAAGCCAUCAACUCAUUCACAGUGGAGUUCGAACAUUCAGCUGUGAUCAGUGUGGGAAGACUUUUACUCAAAAGAGUAAUUUAACAAGCCAUCAACUCAUUCACAGUGGAGUUAAACGAUUCAGCUGUGAUCAGUGUGGGAAGACUUUUACUCACAAGAGGUCAUUAGCAAGACAUCAACUCAUUCACAGUGGAGUUAAACUAUUCAGCUGUGAUCAGUGUGGGAAGACUUUUACUUACAAGAGUCAUUUAACAAGCCAUCAACUCCUUCACAGUGGAGUUAAACGAUUCAGCUGUGAUCAGUGUGGGAAGACUUUUACUCACAAGAUGUCAUUAACAAGCCAUCAACUCUUUCACAGUGGAGUUAAACGAUUCAGCUGUGAUCAGUGUGGGAAGACUUUUACUCACAAGAGUCAAUUAACAAGACAUCAACUCAUUCACAGUGGAGUUAAACGAUUCAGCUGUGAUCAGUGUGGGAAGACUUUUACUCAUAAGAGGUCAUUAACAAGCCAUCAACUCAUUCACAGUGGAGUUAGAGCAUUCAGCUGUGAUGAGUGUGGGAAGACUUUUACUCACAAGAUGUCAUUAACAAACCAUCAACUCAUUCACAGCGGAGUUAAACUAUUCAGCUGUGAUCAGUGUGGGAAGACUUUUACUCACAAGAGUUCAUUAACAAGCCAUCAACUCAUUCACAGUGGAGUUAGAGCAUUCAGCUGUGAUCAGUGUGGGAAGACUUUUGCUCAAAAGAGUUAUUUAACAAGCCAUCAACUCAUUCACAGUGGAGUUAAACGAUUCAGCUGUGAUCAGUGUGGGAAGACUUUUACUCACAAGAGGUCAUUAAGAAGCCAUCAACUCAUUCACAGCGGAGGUGAACCAUUCAACUGUGAUCAGUGUGUGAAAACUGUUACUCAACAUGAACAGUUGUUGAUCCAUGAAUGCCCCCACUCUGGUAGGAAGCGGUACCACUGUGACUACUGUGAAAAAACUUUCAAGCACCAACAGAGCCUAAAAUAUCACCAACGCAUCCACACUGGAUAUGAUGUGUAUGCAUGUGAUUACUGUGGCAAACCAUUUGUACAAUAUGCACAGUUAAAAGCUCAUGAAGUGACCCACACCGGCGUUAAACCAUACCUUUGUGACCAGUGUGGGAAAGGCUACAGCUACAUUGCACAGCUCAGAGCUCACCAAUGUGUCCACACUAGGAAGAGACCAUACAGAUGUGACGAGUGUAAGAAGACUUUUAAAACUUUGGGUUCCCUGAAACAACACCAGCAGAUCCACACCAGAAGGAAAGCAUUCAAUCAGUGUCACAGUAAGCAGAGCGGCACAGAUAUGCACACUGGACACAAACUGAACGCCUGCCAAGAAGAUUUCCCUGUGCCGGGUUCAGUACAAGUUCCUGAAGUCGUCCACAAACUUAAAGUCCUUGAGAUCAGGCUCCACAGAAUUCAGCAGAGCGACACAGAUAUGCACACUGGACACAAACUGAACGCCUGCCAAGAAGAUUUCCCUGUGCCGGGUUCAGUACAAGUUCCUGAAGUCGUCCACAAACUUUAAAGGAUCAGCUUCGCCUGAAGUGUUAAUAGUUUUGAUAAAAUGGUUGUUUUUUUGUGCUAUUUUAAUGCCUCUUAAUACCUCAUAAUUUCUAUUUCUGUGCAUGUAAAAGGCUGAAAGGUCAUUUUAUACAGGUUUUUAAUCAUUUUGGAGUCAGAGAGAUCAAAAUUUGUAUGUUAUUAUUAUUAUUAUUAUUAUUAUUAUUAUUAUUAUUAUUAUUAUUAUUGAUCAUCUAAACCGGUGUCUGAGCUGUAAUUCUGUCUUCCAUCCAGUAGGUGGAGCAAGACUCAAACAAAACAUGUAAAGUCUGAAGUUAUUCAGCUUCUAUUCAAUUUUAAAAUUCACAUUCAGCUGCAAUGAAGACUAGUUAGAGGGUUUUUAUUCACUGAAUUCAUGGAUUUUUUAUUUUAUUUUUUUGGAGAAACACAUUUUAGCUGCAGAGGUAGAAUAAGAAGUAAAAGUACCUCAGUCUAGAAAGAAUUUUUACUCAAGUUCCAAUGUCAAAAUAUGAUGAAAGAGCUGAAAGUAAAUGUUCUCUUUGUGCAGAAUAAUAAAUAUUAAAACUGUAGUUAAGAUGAUUUAAUUACUUUUUAUCUGCUGUUUGUGGAUUUCACCUGAAGGAUCAAUAAAGUUUUAUUCAAAUCUAUAAAA